UUGGCCAGGGUGUAACCCGCUUUUUUUUCUCAACAUGCAUCGAAAAGCUGAAGUCUGGAUUUUGCAUAAAUUUUGCAAACGCCAAUGUUACACGGCUUUUCGAAGGAGAGCCUGGACAUUUAGUCCCCUCAGCCUCUCACUUUCUGGUUGAAAGUGACAUGUUCAUGGUGGCUGGGAGAAUGGUAGGCCACUCUUUUCUUAAUGGAGGACCAUGCCUGGCUGGACUCAGCCCUGCUAUUGUCCAUGUACUACUUGGUGGUAGUCCUGAAACUGCCACAGUUACACUGGAGGACUGUCCAGACCUGGACAUAAGAGAAACGAUCAGGCUUCUUGAAGGGGAAUCCACAUUGUCAGAGAAGGAUGCAGGAAGUGUCCAGGAAUUGGCCUAUGCCUGGGACCUCCCAUCCCUUACCGAGAAGAACAGGAGAUGGAUUUUUGAGAAGCUUCUGAUCCAUGCUGUGAUCGGCCGUGUCACAAGACAAAUAAAACAGUUUCGACGAGGUCUUAAAGAAACCUCAAUGUGGACAAUGCUGACCCAACGACCUGACACAGUGGCCUUGCUUCUCCCAAAAGAGGGAGGUGCGAAUAUCAGCACUGAGGUACUUCUUCAGCGAAUCAUUUGGCCCUGUGAGGAUGACGAUGAUGAUGCCGAUUAUUCAGUUGACACCAGAUGCCGCAUGACAGGCUAUCUUCGACAGUUCAUUGUGAAUGCAACACCAACUGAAUUGACUAAUCUGGUCAAAUUCUGGACCGGGUGGGAGAUUCUACCAAUGAGACCCUCUGUAGAGGUAGUCAUGGGCCGAUACCCCACAGCCUCCACCUGCUUCGAGACCUUACGCAUCCCAGGGCAUUACAAAGAUUAUAAAUCUUUUGAAAGUGACAUUCAGGCCUGUAUUUGCUCUUGCCAAACAGGAUUUGGCCUUGUGUGAGAGACAAGAUUUGAUCUUGUACGAAAUGUUGAUGUAACUUUGUUGGCUGUUAAAAAUGUUGACUGUUAUGCAACAAGUAUUAAUGUUUAAAGAGUUGGCUGAAUUGUUAGACUUGCCCAGCCCUCACCAAAUUGAUACACUUGAUUAAGUGAUAUUGCUUGUUUUUUGGCAUUAGACACAUCUGAGGUUGAAAAAGUUUUAAACGUUAACAGAUUUUAUUUUGUCACCGUUACAUCUGGAGGGCUUGAAUGCCCUUUGCAGUUUUACUAAAACAAAUGUCAAUUUCACACACAUACAAUGGUGGUGUGCAUAAAGUUGCAGGAGGUUUUUGGCAACAUGUUCAUUAUAAAUAAUCUCUGCAGACAAAUAAAUCAUUAAUCCAGGAGU